AUGUUGGUUGUUUCACUAGCACUACUAUGGAAACAAGAACUGGAGGUAGAGAUUCUAUUUACCUGCCAUAACUUCAUUGAUACUCGCAUAAGAGCAGAGGGAAGGAUGUUCUACGCAACUUUUGUGUACGGCGAACCGGACCAAACGAAGAGGCAAGAGAUAUGGCAGAAGUUGAUGAAUCAAACCCAAGACAGAACAGAUCCAUGGCUGCUCACCGGGGAUUUCAACGAAAUAAUAGAGUCCACCGAGAAAAAAGGAGGACUAGUGAGACCGGAGAGCUACUUCACCAACUUCAGGACUUUUAUGUCUGAAUGCGACCUUUACGAUCUCCGCUAUUCGGGAAACUUCUUCUCCUGGAGAGGAGCAAGAAACGAUCAUCUCGUCAGAUGCAGGCUCGAUAGAUCUAUGUCGAACAGUGCCUGGGCAGAAGAAUAUCCCUCGGGAAGAAGUGAAUACCUGCGUUUCGAAAGGUUGGAUCACAGACCAAUCAUCACCAUCUUUGAUACCACCAAGAAGAAGAAGAGAGGCCUAUUCCGGUAUGAUAGGAGACUCAAAGAAAACGAGGAAGUCCAGAAGCUCAUCUUGGAAGCCUGGAAUACAGAUAAUACAGAUACGGUGGAGGGAAAGAUCAAUAGAUGCAGACGAGAAAUUAUUCGUUGGAAUAAGGAAAAACACCUAAAUAGUCAAGAACAGAUCGAGACUUACCGCCAGAGGCUGGAGGAGGCUAUGACGGAUGAACAACACAAUGCCAAACUCAUCGAGGAGCUUAAUGAGAAUUUGAAGAAAGCAUAUACAGAAGAAGAAGCUUUUUGGAAGCAGCGGAGUAGACAACUCUGGUUGGUGCUUGGGGAAAGCAACACAAACUAUUUCCACGCUGUCACGAAGGGAAGAAAAUCAAUCAAUAAGUUCUCGGUAAUAGAAGAUGAAGAUAAUAAGGCGGUAUAUACUGAGAGCCAAAUCACGAAAGUGAUUACCGAGUACUACCAAAAGCUGUUCACGUCAGAACCGGGAGAAAGAGAGUCUGUAGUGACACAUGCCCUCAAACCGUGCGUCUCAAAUCAGAUGAAUGAAGAACUGAUAAAGAUACCUUCCCCGGAGGAGAUAAAGCAGGCGUUGUUCUCCAUCCACCCAAACAAAGCUCCAGGACCCGAUGGUUUCUCGGCCUGCUUCUUCCAAUCUAACUGGGAAACAGUGAGAACGAAAAUCAUCUCGGAGAUCCAGCUCUUCUUCUCCACAGGCAAGCUGCCAAAGAACAUCAAUGCAACACAUGUCAGAUUGAUACCGAAGAUCUCAAGCCCAAAGAAAGUAUCCGAUUACAGACCAAUAGCGCUCUACAACGUAUACUUCAAAGUGAUCUCUAAAAUUCUCACCUUGAGGCUCCAACCAAUCCUCCACGGCAUGGUGUCGGAAAACCAAUCAGCCUUUGUCCCCCAAAGAGCCAUAUCGGACAACGUCCUCAUCACGCAUGAGACCUUGCACUACCUGAAGAACUCAAAGGCCAAAAAACAAGUUUACAUGGCAGUGAAAUCCGACAUGACUAAAGCAUACGAUAGAAUCGAAUGGGAAUUCGUCAAACUAGCUCUACAAAGGCUCGGAUUUCAUACUAAGUGGAUACAAUGGAUUAUGGAAUGCCUGACUACAGUCUUGUAUACAUACCUUAUCAAUGGUUCGGCUCAAGGCUUAGUGAAACCAACAAGAGGAAUACGCCAAGGAGAUCCACUCUCCCCCUAUAUCUUCAUCCUCUGUAGCGAAGUCCUCUCAGGGCUAUGUAACAGAGCACAAGAAGAAGGAAAGCUGUAG